UUUAUAUUUCCCCCCUCACAAUGGUUUCCUCGUCUUCGCUGCUGGCGACGCUGCUCGCGGUUGCCGUCCUCGCUUCCAGUGCUUACGGCCACGGUCUGCUCAAGACGCCCGUCCCGCGCUCGGGCAACGACGACAACUACCGCGACGACUGCACCACCGUUGCUGCAGGAACCCCCUCCGCCACCUACUUUGCCGGACAGCCGUUCUCUGUCACCUACAAGAUCAAUGCAAACCACGGAGGCACGUACCAGAUCAAGCUUCGCAAGGACGGCGGCGCAUUCACCACGAUUCAACCCUCGGGAGCCAUCGUGUCUGGCAACAAUCCCGAAACCAAGACUUUUGCCGCGUUGGAGCCUGGCACCUACACUGUCGCUUGGAUCUGGAAGAGCAACGAAGCGAAGCCCUACUUUGGCUGCUCCGACAUCAAGGUUGUCGUUAGCCCCCAGGGCAUCACUGCCACCUUCUACUCUGCUUCUGGCAACGCUCCGUCCACGACCGACUUUUUCAACGCCGUCGCCUCGUUCUUGGACAUCCCCACGACCCAGAUCACGACCGUCACCGCCCUCACCGCUGUCGACAAGAACCACUUCAAGCUCGUCUUCACCAUCAACUACGACUCUGCUGGCACCGACCCCGCACCUCUCAUCAACCAGCUCCUCACUGCCUCGUCCAGCGAGCUUGCCGCCGCCGGCAUUGCCUCCACCACUACUCUGGCCGCCAACCAGCCCUCGAGCGACUCGAGCAGCAGCGGCUCGAACGGCGCCGCCGUCGCCGUGCCCAUCGUCCUCAUUCUCGUCCUCCUUGUUGUCCUCUUUGUGUACGACCGCAAGAGCGGCGGCAAGGUCCGUCAGUUCGGCUCGAGCAUCAAGGACCGCUUCACCACCGGCUCCAACCACAGCACCCGCCACAGCGACGCCGAGAAGGGCCGCUCCACCCCUGCUCCUCGCGCUGCCACCCCUGCGCCUCGCCCUGCCACCCCCACUGCCCGCCCUGCUACCCCCACGGCUCGCGCGACCACCCCUGCUCCUCGCGCCUCUGCCCCGUCUCGCGGCCCUUCUGUGCGCCCUCCGUCGCCUGGUGCUAGCCUGCAGCGCCCCGCCUCGCCCGGCGCCGGCCUCCAGCGCCCGGUUGCUGUGCGCCCUUAAGUACGCCUCGGCGAAUAUCGGUUGUUUCGCGCACGAAUGCUCGCUUCAAGUUCUCGAGGUCUGUUGACAGUACUUUGAGAUUGGUCGCUUCUUUCUGAAUCUGGCCAGCAACGGCGCGGGCAUUUUUGCGUUAGUUUCCGAUUCCUAGGUUGAUAUUUUGGUUGUUUCUUUUUUUCGGGGGGAGGGGCUUUGAACCCCGUCCCCUGCUGUUUCCGCACUAUUGUUUGUUUGUUUUUUUUUUUUUGUCUUCGUUCUCUCGUCCUCGUUGUGGUGCCUUUUUGUUUUCAGCUUUGCUUGUUUGAUGCAUUGGCCAUGCACAUCGGCGGCAACGAUUGUCUCCAUCGCCACCUACCCCCCAACAUUCCCCUCCAGCAGUUAUUGGUCUGUGUG